UGCUCGAGAGAAAACAUGUGUGCUCUGGCCUGAGCUGGAGGAAGAAGAAGAAGAAGAAAACAUGUUCGUGACUUCCAUGCGCGAGAGCAGUUUGUUCUCACAAGUCCUUUUUCUCAGCAGUCAAUGCGAGUACCAUGGCCGAAAACCUUCCUACUACUGCCUCCAAGAGCAGCAAGAAGUCAAAGUCCUCCACCAAGAAGGAAGGAAAGCGGGUCAGAAAGGCUAAUCAGGAAACCACGCCAACGGAUGCUUACAGCCUUGCUGCACCAGCACAGCCAAGUGAGGAGCCACCAGCGCUGUCAGACACCGGUGGUCUCUUCCAAGGCUUUCGCAGCCAAUCGGACGCACCCCGUGAUGUUCUUGGAGUGGCAAAAUAUCAGGCGCCAAGUAAAGCACCGAUGGACUCUGACGUGAAGCCUGAAAGAUCACCAGAUGAAUCGAAACGAGCAAGGGACAAGACGUCCAAGCCAAACAAAACUAUUCGAGCCGUGCUGGGAAUGGCCUCCGUGACGACGUUGCUUGCCACUAUCAUUCUGGUCGUAAGACAUUACUGGAGGAGAAAGGGUCACAGCACUGUCAGUAUGGGGUGUCACAGUGCCGUGUGUCGUAGCAUCAUCGAUAACAUCACUGCUCACCUAGACAAGUCUAUCGAACCAUGCAACGAUUUCUACGGCUUCGUGUGCAACAAGUGGUGGAAUUUGACAGGGAUGACAAGCUUCAUGGAGGCAGGAAAGGCAGUUUUUUACAGGCAGAUACUUGCAGCUUUGGAAUCUCCCACACUCGAACGUCCAAACCGCCAUGGCAUGCAUCUCCUUGGUAGGCUCUACACAACUUGCAUGAGAUUCCUGAAGAAUGAGAAGAGCUCUUUGAAGGACAUCGUUAACGGCGCAAGCAAGUACCUCAACAUCUCCGACUUCUUAGAACUGCAAAAUUUCACUGAUCUAGUCCUAGAGCUUGUGAAGAUGUCCCUCAUGUUUGGCAUCCACACGACGUUCGCCCUGAAUGUGCGCAACUUUGGAAACAUCACGUACUUUAGCGUCGAGAGCUACAGAUCCCUGGAGCACAAAGCAUCUGCGGCACAAGUCGUCGAUAGCCGUCCAUAUCAGCAUGACGCGCACUUCUACAUCGAGGACGUUGCACGCUCCAUAGAUGCAGUUUUUAAUUUGAGUAACAAACUUGCACUGCAAGAACACCAAUAUGAAGUUAUAGCCUGCGAUAGUGAACUUUCCGCUAUCUUAAAUAAGACGGGGAACAAGACGACACACACUCUUGACAGCAUCGUUGGGCUUUUACAUACACCACCGAUUGGGGAGAUCGUCAAGCUCCUCAACAGCGUCAUACCAAACAAACACCUGCAACCUACGGACACCAUCCUGGUAACUGGCCCCGAUAUCAUCGCACAGGCACAGGACGUGUUGGCCUCAAAGCCCAUCAGAACCAGUGUGGUAUAUUCUCUUUUAAGCAUUCUAGAAGACGUUUCUCUACCCUACGUGUUGAAGACCAAAGACCUAAGCCACGAAGACACGAAGCCCUUCAUAUGCGUCAAGGUUACACAAGGUUUUCUUCGUCACACUUGGCCAUACCUGAUGUCCAUGCUAUCUGGCUUCGACGAUAACGCUAAAACUAUCGAAACCAUGGGUCUUCACAUCAGGGAUUCGGCGAUCGCUACGAAUCUCUUUGCGUGGAUGGACGAUUCUACUCGAAAAAAAGCACAUGAUGUGCUGGCAAAGUUGGAGUUCUACACAUUCGAUAGGGCGCACCUGGAAGCGCUGAGCCAAGGCGUGGACUACUCCAGCUUCGAACUCCAGAAUGAUGCGUUCGUUGACCUGUACUUCAGAGCCAGAGCAUUCGAGAGGAAGCUUCUUCUCGUAGAAAUAUUAAGUGAGGCUGCAUCAGUCAUCUCGGGGUGGAAACUAGAUAUGGGCAUCACGUAUAUGACAGAACCUCUAGAUUGGAUCGUUGUGCCGAUAAGAUUCCAAGGCAGGCCACUCUAUUACCCGGAUCUUGAGGAACGUGUGCCAUUCUACAUAAAUUAUGCGACUCUCGGUGCACUUAUCGCUCGAGAGAUUGUACGUGCGACUGACCAGAAGUAUAUCGCCUGGUCUCCUACUAGCCAGAAGAAGUUCACUGAAUUUCAGGCUUGCCUGAACAAAGUUGGUAAAUCACUGGGGUUCAAUGUUCUUGGUGUGGACUCCAUGGACCGGUCUUACGGAUCGCUCUUGGCUUACGAGGCGAUUCACAGAAUGUUGGAAGCUAUGGGCGUAGAAGUUUAUGAGAAUAAUUGGUCGACAGCACGAGAUUUCUUCUUCGUACGCUCUUGCAUGAUGUCCUGCAGUAAAGAUGGCGGGUCAAUAGAUCGACAAAUGUGCCUUCUGCCUGUCUACUCGAAUCCUGGAUUUUCGAAUCACUUUCACUGUGUCGAGAAAGGUGCGAACAUACAAGUCGACCCCUGUGUCGGGUCCCUCUUCAGGAAUUAAAGACCGCCCGUAGUAGCAUGAUGCUCGUACCUUGUGCAUAAUGCCGUCCAUGACGAAUUAUAGUUCCUUUCGAAAAUUG